AUUCACAGUUUAUUUUUUAUCUCUCGUUUGUUUAUAAGAAAUCGUGAUCUAAUCUCAUCUUCUUCAGCAACUCAAAACUGCACGAGAGUUUUUACCAAGAAGAGAGAUAGGCAUCAGAAUCCAUGGCCGCCACCGCCACCAUCCUCGAGCGCUGCCGUGUCGCGCCACCACUCGAAGGCGCCGCAGCGGCGGAGCAAAUACUUCCUCUCACGUUUUUUGAUAUGCCAUGGCUGUACUUCCAUCCAAUCCACCGCCUUCUCUUCUACAAAUUCCCCUGCUCCAAAACUCAUUUCCUCGAAACAAUUGUGCCAAAUUUCAAAUAUUCUCUUUCCCAAACACUCAAACACUUUUUUCCAGUUGCAGGCAGCUGCAUCUAUCCGUUGAAUUCGGAAAAAAUUCCCGAACUCCGGUACGUUCCCGGCGACUCGGUUUCAGUCACCAUCGCUGAGGCGUCCGAAGCUCACGAUCUCAACCGCCUGACAGGCAACCAGCCGCGCGUCGCCGACGAGUUCUACGCUUUCUUCUCCGAACUGCCUCAGCCGGAGAGGUCGCCGGAGUCGGAAUUUGACAAAAUUCCUCUCUUCACCGCGCAGAUAACGCUGUUUCCAGAUGCAGGCGUCUGCGUCGGAUUCAACAACCAUCACAUCGUCGGAGAUGCUAGCUCGAUCGUGAGCUUCAUCAAAGCGUGGUGCUCAGUUGCUAAGCUUGGGAGCGACGAUGAAUUUUCGUCUUCAUCCGAUUCGCUCCCGCUCUACGACAGAUCCGUAGUGAGCGAUCAAUCCGGAUUGCUGAAUCAUUACUGGAAUCAAAUGAGCACUUCCAAAGUUCUAUCCCUGCCGCUGAAAUUCCCCUUAAACAAAGUCCGAGCGACUUAUAUUCUGCAGAAGCGCGAUGUUCAGAAACUUAGGGAUUUCGUGCAGUCGAAGAAACCGCAUCUAACGCACUUAUCGUCCUUCACGAUAACGAGUGCCUACGUCUGGACCAGCUUAGUCAAAUCCGCGGCGGAAUCCGGCGAUAAAGUCGCCGACGACGAGCCGGAGUACUUUGCCUUCGCUGUGGACUCGCGGCAGCGGAUGGAUCCGCCAGUCCCCGCCGCCUACUUCGGCAACUGCGUCGGCAUGGCCGUCGCGAUAUCGACGCACGCGGAACUGAAAGGAGGCGACGGAUUCCUGAUCGCCGUCGAGUUGAUCGGAGACGUGAUUGGAAACAAAGUGAACAAGAAGGGCGAAUUGCUCAGAGACGCCGACGAGUGGCUGUCCAAGUUCGGCGGGAUGAUCGGAAAACGUAUGUUCGGGGUGGCGGGAUCGCCGAAAUUCGAUCUGUACGACGCCGAUUUCGGAUGGGGGAAUCCAAACAAGUUCGAAUCGGUGUCCAUAGACGGUGAUGGAUCGAUGUCCCUCUGCAAAUCCAGAGAAUUCGACGGCGGUUUGGAGAUUGGUAUGUCGUUGUCGAAGGAGAAGAUGGAUGCAUUUGCAAAUAUUUUUUCGGAUGGGUUGAAUUGAAAUUUUUAUAUUUUCCACUUUUUAUAAUCAUCGUGUUCCCAUCUCGAGGAGAAGGGAAAUGAAAAUUGGAAAAAUAAAUCUUUGAUGUUGAUUUUUUGUUUUUUUUGUUUUUCUUUAUCUAAUAGAUCUUGCUAUUGUAAGUUUGACUAUUGGAAUUGGAAUUUAAAAUUAAAAUAAAAAUAAAACGAAGCUAGUAGAAAA